AUGGAUCCAUCCCUCCCAGAGUCCUACUCCACCAGCCAAGAGUUGGACCCCACAGGUUUAGAUUUCAACUCUGCUGGCCAAGAUUAUUUCUCCACUGGCUAUGUGUAUGACUCUCUCUACCAAGAAUUGGAUCUGGACUCUCUUCAUGAAGAUCUUUCCUAGUCCAUGCCAGGCACCAUGACAGAGAUCUCAGCAAACACACAUGCUGAACCAGAGGAUCUCACAGAGGCUGAACGAAAGGAGCUCAAAUCCGAGCUCACUAAAUUGGAGGAGGAAAUUGUAACCCUACGCUAUACUCUGGCAGCCAAAGAAAGAUGUUGCAUGGAGCUCAAGAGGAAGCUGGGCCUCAUAGCCUUGGUGGGGCUAAGGCAGAAUCUGUCCAAGAGCUGGCACGAUGUUCAAGUCUCCAAUGUUUACAUGAAACAAAAGACUUCAGCUGCCCUGUCUAUCAUGGGCUCUGCCAUUUGCAGAAAGCUUGGAGACAUGAAGAAGUCAGCCACAUUCAGAUCUUUUGAAGGUCUGAUGGGGGCAAUCAAGUCCAGAGUUGCAGGUGGCAGAGAGCUUGGCAGUGACUCCUUCCUUCUUCAGCUGGGAGUGGAGAUGAUUCACUCCUGGCUUCAGGGAGUGGGAAUGAUCCGCUCCCACUUUCCAGGAGUGGGAAUGACCCAGUUCAGUGGAGUGGAGUUGAUCUGGUUCCAAGGAGUAGAGAUGAUCUGGUUGCAGGCAGUGGGCAUGACCUGCUGCCCGUUCUGGAGCUGGAAUGAACCCCUUGGUUACCUUGCCUGGUCACCUAACCAGUGCAAGAACUCCCUUUCCUCAUCACAAUUGUGA